AUGCCGUCAGUGUCCGUAUAUAACUUCCUGAUAGAUGUUACAGUGCUCUUCCUUCUACUUAAUUCCUUCGUUACUUAUUCGGAAUCCAAAAAAAGUUGUCCGCUGAGAGUCUGCUACAAGCCAUGUGCGUCUGGAUAUCGCUUCAAUAAAGAUGGAUGCAUGAAUUGUCUGUGUGUGGACCCCUGUGAGAACGUGGUCUGUGAUAGAGGAGAAACAUGUAAGGCCGUCCAAUACCCCUGUAUCUCCACGCCUUGCUAUCUCGAACCGAAAUGCGUUUCGCCUUGUCCGAAGAAGAACUGCGCGCGCUCUUGUGACAGUGGCUACAAAAAGGACAGCAAGGGUUGUUAUACUUGCACAUGUCUGGACCCCUGCGAGAACAGUCCGUGCAAAGAGAGCCAGUUGUGUCAAUCUUCCCAGAGCAUGUGCAAGGGGGAAGUCUGCUAUACCUCCGCUCAAUGCCUUAGCUUUUGUCCGAAACUGGACUGUACCGCGACCACUUGCUCCAGUGGCUACAAGAAAGAUGCUGAUGGCUGUAAGAUUUGCUCGUGCGCUGAUGCUUGCGAGGAAAUGAUAUGUGAUCAAGGGACCAGCUGUAGACUCAUGGUUAACCCGACUUGCAAUAAUGAAAAACUCUGCUACCCUGUUGCUAUUUGCACUGAAAUAAAGUGUGACGUCAACAGAACCGUGAAAUGCCCGAUCCAAUGCCCCGGCGGCUUUAAGAGGGACAAGGACGACUGCGAAGUUUGCGAAUGCAAAGAUCCGUGUGACGUACAAAAGGACUCGUGUAAAGCUGAUGAAGUCUGCCAAAACAUUAAAGUCUACUGCCCAACGGCCAAAUGCAAUACGGAUUUUGGCAGAUGCGUUAGUAGUAUAUUCGUUAAAUAA